UGAUGUGUUAUUGUUAUUUAAAGAAUUUCACAACGGCUUAGCGUGGCAGUAAUUAGUGAGUGAUUAAAAUUAUCGUCACAUAAGCAAAACCGGUGGUCCAAUCAAAGCAUUCUACCCCAAUGAUGGCAGUCAGUAGCUGAUGCUGGGCCAUCAUCGCAAUCAUCGACCUGAACAGGAUUUCCCACGCGAGAAGGGUCGACGAGAAAAUCCGAGAACAGGAGAUACGUGCUGACCGUCCUAGCGCGAGGACACGUUUUUCUGCUGCUGCUCCCGUGUGCGAAAAGUGAAAAGUGCAAAACUGCAACACACCUUCAGCAAAAAGGCUAAGUGCAAAAUCGGUUCGGGCUAGAGUGUGGAUUUUCCAGUGUUUAGCACCUGGUGUCAUGUUGUGCAAUCCUUAGGGCGAUUCCCGCUGCAUCGGUGUGCGAUAAAAUCCAGCCCGAAAAAGUGAAUCCUCGGGUGGAAAAAUGGCGCUCAAGAAAAAUCUUCUCUGCUGGCUCCUGCUGUCAGCCAUAUUGGUGAAAACGGCCUAUUGCAUUCCAACGUCGGUGGCAACCGAAACGGAAGACGACAACGACUCCGAAUGGGACGAGGACACCGAGGAGGAAUCGUCAGAGGCCGAUGACGACGGGCGGGUGUACAAGAAUCCCCGGAAUUCGCCCUCGACCGAGUGUCCGCGUGAUGAGGAGCAGGCAACACUAUUGGGACAAAAAUGUUUGAGGAAAUGUUCAUCGGAUGAGGAUUGCAAAAGUAAGAAGAAAAAGUGUCUCUGCGAUGGGGCUUGUGGAAUGUCGUGCAUCAAACCGGACCGUGAGUGUCCCCGGUUAGAGCAACCAUCUCAGGGAGCCGUCACCAUAUCCGGAAACCAUUUCGGAUCGCGAGCUGUUUACACCUGUCCCCAUGGAUAUCACGUGGUCGGGCUGCAGAGUCGAUUGUGUCAGGCGGAUGGAACCUGGGCCGGAAGUGAGCCGAUUUGUAAACAAAACAUUUAUUGUCUUCAACCCCCGAUAAUCGAGCACGCCCGCCAUUCGGCUCUACCUGAACAGGCGACAUUUGAUUUGGAUUCUACCGUUCAGUAUCAUUGCGCGAUUGGAUAUGCCACGGCAGGAUUCCCUAGAGCUAAAUGUCUAGCUGUUGAUGGACAAGCGAGCUGGUAUGGGCCCGAUAUUUCUUGCGAGCCACGUUCCUGUGGACAGCCGCCGGAUCCGGCUCACGGUUGGCAUUCCGGGGAAAGUUAUACCUUCGGUGGAAAAGUUACGUAUCACUGUGGCGAGGGUUACGAAUUGGUAGGAAAAGCCGAACGUUACUGUCAGGCGGAUGGUUCCUGGACCCCGAAAGAGCUACCGACCUGUGUUUUGGUAACAUCGGUCCAGUGCCCUUCGCCGGAGAACCCUCGCAAUGGUAAAGCCAUCUAUACCAGUACCUCUUACAAUUCGGUCGUAAGCUACGAAUGCCGGUACGGCUAUACCUUAGUUGGUGAAAGUUCGAGACGUUGUGGAGCGGAUAAACGUUGGACCGGCUCGCUGCCUGCUUGUAAAGAAAUAAACUGUGGUCAUCCGGGAACGUUGUACAACGGGUGGUUGGAGAACAUCGAAAGUGGCACCGGACUCGGGGCUAGUUUAAUCUUCCGAUGCCAUCCGGAAAUGCUGCUCGUCGGUAAUACAUCUUCGGUGUGUCAAAUCGAUGGCCGAUGGAGGUAUCCGUUGCCGCAGUGUUUGGCUCCCUGUGUUGUCCCAUCCAUAUCACAAGGGCAGGUUAUACCGAUCGAAUUUGAUGUGGAUGUGAACUCGACAACGGUCGUUCCGACUAGUGGCAGUAGCUCUAAGGUGAAGCAUGGAACAGUACUGGAAGUGAUCUGUGAUGAGCAUUAUGAGUUUCCCUACUCGUCACUCUCACCACCAACCUGCAACAAUGGAACUUGGAGUGUGAUACCUAGAUGCGCUCCUGCUAGGUGUAAAACUAUGCCAAAACCUCCCAAGUUUGGAAUGGUGUUGGCACCGAAAACGGAACAUGGAAUGCGCGCGAGAUUCAAGUGUAAGGAUGGGUUCAAUUUGACAACACCCAGUGGAAAGGAGCUAUCGAACCCAAACGACUACGUUCUGAUCUGUUCCUUCGGAAACUGGACCGGGGAAACACCACUCUGUCAGGAAGUAUACUGCGCUUUCCCUGGAUAUAUUCCGAAUGGCAAGGUUCUGCUGGUAGGAAAUAUGGGACUUUACGAUUAUCGACCGUAUGUCAGAAAAGUGAUCAACAACAAACAGAUUAUGUACGAAUGCGAUAAGGGAUAUGUUAUUGACGUGGGACCACCCGGUGCUACUUGCAUUGGUGGUAAAUGGAGUCCCCGGGAGUUACCGGAGUGUAUACCGGGGCAGCAUCCGAGAAUACGGUGGAACAGGCGUCGACGAUCAAUCGAUUUGCGUCUACGAUUCCAUCGAUCAAACCACUUGAGACAGCACUACCGGUAUUUGAAAAGGAAGCUUGAAGAACACGACGAGUACGAACGAAUGUAUCCGAUCCCGGAAGGUCAACGGGCGAAGCGAAGCAUUCCAAUGUAUCGAGGUCAGCUGCCGCAUAAACGGCACUAUAAUUUUGACGACUUCCAAAGAUUUCGAGCGAAACGAAGCAUAGAGAACAGUCGCCAUGCAUUCCUCCGGAAUGCUUUUCAGUCUGUUCUAAUACGAGAACGUCGAGAGCUUUCAGAUGUUGAGAAAGCUUACAAAAAAUAUUUCGAAAGAAUAAAAGCUAAGUACAGGAACUACGUUCAACAUCUUUUGGGGUACAACAAACUGUAUCCUAUUGAUGACAACAUUCAUGUGCAAGACGGAAGGUGGUUCUCGCCAGAUCCGGAUUCAUUGUCUCGUAACCGUGUUGUGCAUAAAGCCCGUAUUGGAGCGAACGAGUUCGAAGAUGAUUUCACUACAAAAGAACCGAAGAAAUCGAAAGGUAGCAAAUCACGGUCUAAAUCCAAGAACCCACCUCCGAUAGCGAUACCAGAUAUCAAAGAAGAAUCAACGUACAAGUAUGAUUCUUAUGAUUAUCCCAACAAUACAAACUACAUACCGGAGAAUGACAUCUAUUCAAAUUAUUUCCCACCUCCGUUGACGGGAAGGUAUCAAACGAGCUGGCAGUUUGCAUCGGAGCUUAAUCCCAAAAUACAAGGACGCUCAGAAGAGCUCAAUCGACGCUACAGUCAAUAUCGAUACGAUCAUACAACAAAGAAACCUUCGUCAGCACUGCUGAUGGAACAACUUCAUUCGCAAAUUAUUCGACGAAAGCGCGAUACCCGAGAAGUACUAGUGUCGUCUGCUGAAGAGGCUCGGCGAGCUCAAAAGAACAAUCGGAAGAACACCGGGGCUGUUGUGAAUCAAACCGACUUGAUAGGAGACCCAACUGAUCCGGCGAAGAAGGUGAAGUUCAAGGGACCUUGUGAACCCAUCGCCAAUGAAUCUUACGCUAUGCUUGAAAUCAUCAGACCUGGAAAAGACCCAAAUGAAACAUUCGGCCCGGGUACCAUCAUCAAGGUCAAUUGUGCAAAAGGAUACACAUCGAACAUGGUAAGCACCAAUGCCACAUCCAAGUGCGUUAGAGGUCGCUGGAAGCCGAUUAGGCCAACCUGCAGCAUGAGUAAGUACGACACCUUCACUCAUGUGCAAGACAUGCGACUCAAUCCCAGUACUCGAUCCCCGACAGAACCGUGUUUCGUUCCUUCAACCGAGCACGGUAAGUACUACUCGGCUCCGAUCGAUAUGACUACGAUAGAGGCCAUGAAACCGAGCUCCGGUUCGCUAACCCCAAUGGAGACGAUCGAGAACGGAGCCUUGAUUUCAUUCCAGUGUGAUCAGGGAUACAAUACUCAGGGUCCUUCGAGUCUACGCUGCUGGAACGGGGAAUGGGCCGUGAGUACCCUUCCCGAAUGUCUUCCAGCUCCCUGCGUGCUACCACCGAUCAUGCACGCCAUGUAUCAGGGUGGUUAUCGAGCAGGUCUCACCAUUGCCCAUGGCAGUUCCGUCAUGAUUCAAUGUGAAAGUGGCAUGGGAAACAUGGCGCCGGUUCAAAUGGAUUGCGCCCUUGGAUCCUUGACUCCUGAAACCAUCAAUUGUGGGUACAUCGCAUCCCGCAAAUCUCGAGAUGAUGAUAGUAGUUCAAUUAUCGUACUGGACGGAAGCAACGUUACGUCGGCUGAAGAUGAAAACGAUGGCCGAGACUGUGGUCCACCGGGAAAAAUCCACGGAUCGUUGGUUUACAAAAAUGGUGAACAAAUCGACGAGAGUGAAGAAGGUUUCCCCUCCGGGACAGAGAUAGCCUUCGAUUGCAUUGCCAGUAUCACGGGUGAACAAACAACCUGGAAAAUUAUUUGCGAAGAUGGUCAAUGGAUUGGACGUUCGAUUGUUUGUGAGGACGACGAUCCGCUUUACCACCGCAUUCCGUCGGCCAACGGGUCCUGUGUGUUUCGGAACAACGAACCGCAUGUGGUCAGCUUCUACAACGAUCUGGAGAUAAGAGAAGAUAUCGUGGAGUUUCCACCGGCAACAACGAUCAUCUCGAGAUGUGUCGAUAUCGGGAAGUACGCCAUGAUUGGAACGAGCGUGCGGACAUGCGUUCGGGAGGAAUGGACCGGCCAGAAGCCUUCGUGUUUCGGAUUGAACCAAGAAAAUGACUACGCCAUGGAAAAGCCACCGACAAUUUUGAUCCGACAUCAAAAUGGUCCCAUUGCUCAGAGCAACGAUGGAAAAUUAAUCGUUUAUCCGGGAACGACGGUUCAUCUGGAGUGUCUCUGGAUGAGAAGAUUUGGCAAUCCGAAAUGGAACGUCAGUCACGAUUACCGGAAGUAUCCGGAGGGUUGGAGCUCGGAUGAAGGGCGGGAUCCACAGCUGGAGUAUCGUAUUAGCAUUAUGCACGCCGUCAAGGAUGAUUCGGGGACGUUUACAUGUGUUACUCCGGCCAGGCACACACAUUCCGUCGAAGUGAUUGUUAAGCCGGUGCACUGCAACGAAAUCAUGGUGCGGCGAGGUCUUUCCGCUAGCACCACGGAAACGAUGAUGGGCACCCGGGUCAUGUUUUCUUGCACCAACGGAAACGCCCUGAUAGGGACCCAGGAGAUCACCUGUCUGCCGAGCGGAAAUUGGAGCGCACCGCUUCCGGUUUGCGAAAGCGUCGAGUGCGGUGAGGUUCCGAUUCAGGCCAGCAGCAACGGGUCGGCACCGAGGGUCGCAAUCCUUUCGCGGGAAGUCGGAGGCCGGGCGGCGUUCUCCUGUCCACCGGGCUAUGGGCUGAGGGGUCCCAGCGAGGCGAUUUGUUUGCCCUCGGGCGAGUGGGGUGGUCCUUUCCCAUCGUGUGUUGAGGUUCAAUGCUUCCAUCCGGGAGCCCCACAGAAUGGUUACGCCCAAGGAACGCCCCCCUAUAGAGCGGGAGAUGUGGUUCAGUUCAAUUGCAAUCCGGAGUAUAUGAUGCAGGGACAGCCAAUUAUCGCCUGCCAGGACAAUGGCCGGUGGUCGGGGGGGUUGCCGAAAUGCGUCCAAGCGUGCUCCUAUCCGGGAACGGCCAUCAGCGGCCGGAUGUCGUCGGUCAAGUUUUACUACUCGAUUGGCGAAAGUAUUACCUUCACGUGCGAUGCCGGGCUGGAGCUGCGAGGUGCCAAAAUGCUCAAGUGUCUCAAGAAUGGAAAAUGGUCCAACGCUAUCCCAACCUGCGUGAAUCCGGAUGCUGUAAACGUGCGAAGUGAUGCUAAGGGAAUUUUCAAACGAGACAACUAAGAAGGAAUUUGCCUCCCGAAAAAAAGGAACAACAACCAUUAGGAGGUAGAAGGUUUCCCGUGUAAGAAAGAAAACAAAAACCAACCAAACAAACGAAAGAACAAACAGUUUUGCUCACAACAGUGUGAUUUAGUGCCCCUUUAAUUGAAAAUUCGAAAGGGAUGCUCACACCUUUACAACCUAUAUCAAUAAAACAAAGCACGGCAAUUAAAAUGAUAGCUGUAGAUGUUUUCUCAUAACCAUUUGGAUCAAUCCACACAGUUUUAAUGAAGACAUGACGAUUAUCGCACUCGCUCUGACUGUUACUCUCUCUAGGAAAUCCUGCCGGGAGAUGUUGAUGUAAUGAAAAAGAUGGAUGGAAAAUGUUGGAGGGGAAAAUGGGGGGCUGACUUGCGGAUGCCUCCAAUAGCUUUUAUCCCUUAUUUGAAUUGUUGACUCGGCUUGAACAGUACUGUGUCUUGGAAAUGCAACGUUUGUUUUUGUUGUAGCUUUAAAGUUGAGUGAUAAGUUAUUUUAUUUCACUGCUAAAAGAAAAAGAUUGAGAAAAAGACUAGAAAUUAUGCUUAAUAAAUUAAUGUUGUGAACAGUGGAAACAGACAUCGAUUUAGAACUAAGCUAUUCUAUUAUUCCUACAGCUCACAAUUCCUCAGAUAUCUAAUCUUGUUGUGGAAAUAACUGGCAAAACAUCGAAACUUUACUCAUGUUGACCGGCUAUAUUGCUAAAGCUUAGGCGGAAACCGAAUUGAAGUCAUACAGAUAAAUAGCGCCCUUGGGUAUGCAACUGAUAAAAUCACUUGCAUUUCGACUGAAUUUGGCCCGGAACUAACGCUUACUACUACUACUUUAAUAAUAAAUUAUUACAGACAGAAAAAGAAGAUAUCAAAUGUUUUAAGACACUUAAAACAUUAUGAUAUCACUUUUUUGGUCAACUGUUUUUUGUAUGGAAAAUUUACUAACAUACUAGAAAUUUGUUACUGUUAAAUAGAAAACUUCAGCCAACACGAAUUUUCUUUGGAAAGAACAAUGAGGCGUUGUCAUUUUUUACUCAUUAAUUGUUUUAUCAGCCAUACCUACAAUAAAAAUAACAGUUGGUUUGACUUGCCGUUUCAAAGUAAUAUAUAAAAUUAAUUGUGAACUUUAAUAUAAAUGUGUCCCGUUUAAUCUUAACAACUUAGGAUAAAUCGAAAUUUUUUUGAAGCAUAAAUUUAAAAAUAUAUUGUUACAGUAAUGUGUUGAUUUUAUUUAUUGUUAGAAAUUGCUAAGAACUUAUGUAUGACACCGAUUAAAACGGUCGAAAGAAUUCGAUAAUUUUUCUUUCGUAUUUUCUAUCAAAAUUACAUUGUAGCACUCCAACAAUAAUUUCAAAACAGUUUCACUUUUAUUUGCAUAAACGUUGAAUAAUGUAAUUAGAAAUAUUUACAUUGAUUUUUUUUUAUUGUUUUUUUAAAAUUGUUAAUUUUUAGCCCAGGCGUCAUAAAAUGUAAUAAAAGAAAUACUUGCAUAACAAAGGGGAAUUUUCAGUCCGCACCUAUAAGUCAAUCGAAAUAUAGCGCCUGCGGGUAUGCAACCCACUUAACUGUUGACGUUCUACAGAAUUUUGGUUCGAAUUCUACACUUCAGAAGGGUAAAGAAAAAAAAUCUUACAGUUGCGAUAAAAACAAAAAAAUUAAUUCGCGCAGAGUAGCACACAAUCUUCCAACUUUGACAGAAUGCCAUUUAUAUCACAGUUGAUAAUUUUUCAUGAAACUUUCACACAAGCUAGAAAAACUUAUGAACUUUUCAUUCGAUGAGUUUAGAACAUUUUGCGGGUACUAUGAAGAGAGAUGCAGCAAUUUUUGUAAAAGUAAGGAACAUUUAAAUUGCUUCACAAAAAACUGUACCUUUGUCAAAUUUUACGUUUUCAUCUCAAAAUUUGGUGAGAUUAUGUAGAAAAAGUACAUUCUAGUAUGUGGUCAAAUUUUUAUCACAAUCGAUCAACGCAAUCAAAAGUUGAAGCGGUUUGAAUUUGAGGUUGGUUUCGGGGUAGCAAGCGAUUUCAUUCUUAUGGACGGAUGUCUGAUUCCAUACAUCCAUAGAUACAAUCUAUUGGAAACUAACACAAUUCAAACUAUCAAAACCAUCAUAGAUAAUUUAAAAUUUUAAAUUUGCAUGAAUUUAAAGCAUUUUGAGAAUGGAAAAUUCCAGCACAACCAACCAACCUCAUAAUCAAACCGCUUUAAUUUUUGAUCGCGUUGAUCGAUUUUGACAAAAAUUUGGCGACAUAUUAAAAUGCACUUUCGUACAUAACCGCAUCAAAUUUUAAGAUGAAAACGUAAAAUUCGACAACGUUACAGCUAAUUUUGAGAGACUAUCCAAUUUUCCCUACUUUUACUAUAACAGCUGAAUUUCUCUUCCAAGUGCCCGCAAAAUGUUCGACACUUGUUGAAUGGAAAGUUUAUAUCUAAGUUUGUCUAGCUUGUGUGAAAGUUUCAUGAAUAAAUAUCGACUGUAAAUUGAUUUCCGGCGAUUUCAGUCACGAAAAAAUCUUAAAACGAAUUUUAUUUCUUCAUCCGACGUUUCGGCAUUUCAAAAAGGCAUAAUAAAUGCCGAAACGUCGGACGAAGAAAUAAAAAUCGUUUUAAUAGUUUUUCGUGACUGAAAUCGCCGAAAAUCAAUUUAUUGAUUUUAUUUAAUAUUUGAUAAAUUGAGAAUCUAUGAGUAACUGAGGAGUGUAUUCGGAAAAAAUGCAACACUUCGGUUUGUGAAUAACUUUUGAAUAUAUGAAUAUAAAUUGAUGAAAUUUUCUGCAAAGUUACCUGACAAUAUAUCGAUUACAUACGCAAAUUUUUGUGGUGUUCUGUCAUGUGGUUUUUGAGAUGUUAAGUUUUUUUUAUUUAUGUAUGUAUGUAUGUAUGUUGGUAAUCCACCAUGGGUGCACGGAUUCACCGCAGUUUCUGCCAAAUUAUGGGUUCACAUGCAUUCCUUAGAUUAUUAGGUUCGACAAAUCUCCAAUGCAGCGCGCCACCAUACCCGGACCCCAUGGCUUCGUAUGAACUGUUAUGUGGUGAAUGUAUUGCGUGUGUUGAUGUAGGUAUAUUUUGGAAGAACGAAUCAAUCAGGUGGGCUAGUUUACUUACAGGUAUUCCGGCAUCCGUGUAUAUACCUGGCCAGCUGGCAACUGAUUGAACAUUCCAAUUAUAUAGUCAGUUAUAUAAUGAAACACAUCUUACCUGUCGGCCCUGGUACGCCUGGCGUACCAAUACCAGACUCGCGCCAGCCUAUCCACUAGACCACAUCGGCGCUCUAUGUUAAAUUUUUUUUAUUUAUGCCUCCAAAACGAAAUUUUUUGAGCAGGUUUUCUAAAAAUGAUUAUGAAACGUUUUUGGAAGCCUAAAAUACGAUUUAAAUCUGUUCAUGAAUUUUGAUGAAAAAUAAUUUUUCAAUUUUUUUAACUUCAUUUUUGUUGAGGAUUUUGACAAAAUUUGACCUUAAAUUGCCCGGUCGUCACUUUAGAAAUGAAAUGCCCGGAUUUUGCCAAGUUUUUGUAUAAAAUUGCACGAUUUGUCGAGCCCGGACUCGUGCUGAAAAAAUUCUAGCAACCUUAAUAUAAAAUUAAUCGUGAAACUCUACAAAAUUAAACACAAUACUUUCUGUGGCUCAAAGAUACUUGAUUUGUAAUAUUUGGUCCAGUGAAUUCUGAGAUGUGCAAUGCUAAAUUUCAGUGUUUCUUGGUUUAGAUUUUUUUUUGUUUAUGUUCUCAGCAUGUCUGGCAGCAACAAAAACUAAUAAAAAACGCGAGCAAAAAUUUUACUCAUGCUGAGAACUGAAAUGUUUAAAUUUAGUGCGAGGAAAUGUAAUGAUAAUACUAAAUUAAAUACUACAUGGAUCUCAAUAGAAAACAGAUUUCCUUUAAAGAGAUCCACUAUUCUUCGCAAAAACCACGGUCUUUAAUGGGUUAAGGCCGAACAAAAAUUAAAAUCGAAAGAUGGGCAUUGCAUAAAUUAAGGGGCUAAUUUUAACUACAAAAAAAAAAAGAAAUUUUGCCUUCAAUUCCCUAGGCCUUCGCACUUUUCCCCAUUAUUUUUUUCCUUCAAACUUUAACAUUUGAUAGGGUUUCUAGCCUUUUGUCCAAGACUGGCUUACUAAUGUCCCUAUGUUUUAAAUAUUAAAAAUUUACCUCAAAAUACAACAAUAACUACAACAAUACUAUACGUUUACUUAGGAAAAAAAUUGAACUCUCACAUAAAUCAACCUGAUGUUUCUAAACGCAUCAUUGAUUUCAUCAGGAAGGGUGUUUGUUUGCAAGCCUUCAAAAAAUAGAUAUUUAAAGAUUUUGAAAUUACUUUUUCACUUAGAUUUUAAUUUUUUUUAAACAAAUCAAGUUUUUUCUCCCAAUUUGAAACUCAACUUAUAGUUUUCAAAUGUAGAAAAAAGCUAUGAGAUAUUUAACUUUAGACUUAGUUAUUGAUGAUUAUGUGGAAAAAUUUCAUGAUGAUGAAAAAUACCCCGUUUUACGGUACGUUUGCUGUUUCCUGAAGCUUUACCUUCGAAAUAACUCUGAAUUUUGAAUUUUGUAGAAGUAAUAACAAAUUCAGUCAAUUGUCAUCCUUCGGCACAAAAACAACAUAUUUGACUUUUUAUCACUACACUACCCUUUUUUGCGUAAUGGCACGGUUCCAGAUCCAACUUAAGCAGAGUAUAAACUUUGUGGGACCUUUUUCAGUGCUUUGUAGAGAAAUCGGUCGCAUUUAAAGGCAGUCUUUUUUGUAUUUUUAGCCAUUCGUCGUGUCUAUCGUUAUGAAAGACUGAGUAAUUUGCAGUUUUAACAGACCGUUAGCCUCCUUUAUUACUAGACAUAAAAUUUUUCAAUUUUUUCCCCUCAUUGAUCUCCGGGAAACACAGGCGAGACUUGUCAACGAAAAAUUUUUGGUAGGAAACCUUCCAGGUGACCGGCUAGCUCAGUCGGUAGAGCAUGAGACACUUAAUCUCAGGGUCGUGGGUUCCUGCCCCACGUUGGGAGCCAAUUUUACGUGUGUGAGACUCUUGAACUGAAGGUGGCGUUAUCUGUGGCCAAAAGAUAAGCAAUCAUAGCUUGAGUGUGAGCUUGUUUAAUACUGGCAUUACGCAUCGAACCCUAAGAUUAAAGUAGCAAUAAUGUCGACUUCCAUUUUUACUGGAUGCAUGAAUCUGUGAUAUGUUCAUCACGGAAUCCUGUUCCAGACGCUUGACCAAAUGCCUGGAUUUUCUUUCGCAAGAUCGAGCUUCCACGGAGGGUCUGCGCCACUUCCAGCGCGCCUUGGCUUCCUCUGCUACUCAGCAACCUCAACACCACUUGCAGUACUAGCGCCUUCCUAUGUUCACACUUGUGAUGACGAUUGUCCCCCGCCAAAACUUCGUCCAUUUCUUCGGCAGCACUAUCCCACACGACAGUUGGCACAAUUGCCCUGGGAGGCUCUUCCGAAAUGGAAUUUAAGCGGGAUGAACUUCAGCCGGAACCAGGCAGAAUUCAUUUCAGGAGAUUUCGAAAAAAUCACCCGAUUCGAUCGUCGUCCAGUCCGACGAACUGGUCCUGCCGUAGGAAAUCUAAUACGGAACCAAACAAUUGAUGUAGUGGAACUCGGUCGCGCCUCUUCGAAUGUCGUUCCUUUCGACCUGAGUUUACCUCGGUUGACCGUCCUGCGGCUUGUUUCGGUUGCAGGUUAGGGAGUCGAUACUGGCUACACUGGUUGAUUUGAAUGCGCCCUUCUCGAAGGCAAGUAUCCGAUUCCGAGCCUCAAUCUCCCGAGAAGGAACAGAUGCGGGUCCGAAAGUACCUCUACGUGCAGCCUGCUUCCAAUACGGAACAAAAACCACACAGUCUGCCUCCGGUUUGGAAUAAAAACCCUCUAGGAGGGCUGGUUUUGGUUCGGCAAUAUUCCACCGUGACCAGUUGGAGAUGCCAAUAGUUGGCCCGACACGGCAACGGAACGGCCCUGUAAUGUACGACCAAUGUGAGAUAAGGCAUCUAUUUUCGCUUUGUGACCUACCUCUGUGGGAGGGUUUUUCCUUUUGGACACGUGUCGAUACUUCCGGCGGUCCUAAUGCCCUCGGGACCCAGGAAGCUGAUGAAAGUCAGGAAUGCGAACCUGCCUUCUCUAGAGUUUUUUGUUUGCCGGCUGCCACUUCGAGAACAACUCCGCGUGGAUGACGCGCACCAAGCGUUUUCCCCUCCUUUUUUGACGUUUAUGCUCAGCGGGUUUUUUAACCGGGCAGCUUGAAGUUGUUCUGGCGUCGAAAAUUUUUCUUUCGUCGAUACACGAUUGUUUGCCUUCAGCACAAGUUCCUUUAGUGCGUGAAUAACUAUGUUUUGGGUGCUUUAAUGCUACAUCUUAUUGCUCUUUACUCAAUUUUGCUCGAAAAUGUUACACGCUAAAGUGUUCGUUUUUAUGUCAUUGCAAAAUCUUCAAAAUAUCUCCCCACAAGCAGUCCAAAUAUUUUGCGCACGAUUUGACCACCGUAUUUUGUUUAUUUUACCGGUGGGCAGCUUUUCUACCUUGUAGAAAUUAAGUUAGGUCAAUUUAUAAUCAGUUUGACGCAUCAGCCAGAAAAAUUUGACGUUUUUAUCACUUCCUCUGUUCAUAUUUUCGAAUUGAGCCUCACAUUCCUUUCACUUCAUGGAAUCAAUAAUCUUCACUUUCAUUUAAAUUUUAGCUCACUAUUGGGUCCUCUAGGACUUUUUAAAUGAUUUACCAUGAGAACUUUGGUCUGUCUUUGAGUCUUCUACUGGGACUUUUCUGGAUAUUUUUCGAUCCUGCCCAAAAAAUUUUGUUAGUGAACUUCAAUAAAAACCACUUGACAGAUUGUCACCAAAUUAAGUACACGUUCACAUUACCUCACUAGGUAGCUUCACUGAAAAUUUCACCAGUUUCCCUCCAUGCAUUCAAAAGCUAUUCACAAAGCAAAGUGUUGCAUUUUUUUUCGAAUACACUCCUUAUCUUCAAAUAACGAAAAUAUCUAUUUUUUCCGUAAAACUCUGAACCUUGUCAAUCAAAAAAGAGCUUUUUUUUGGAUUUCAACACGUUGCGAACCAAAUACGAGAUAUCUCGUUUUGUUCGCUCGCCACGAGUAGAAUCAUUGUUCAAAUGUUUUAAAUUUAAUAACGGCAUUGUAUUCGACCAAAUUGAAAUUUAUACAAUUUGGUCCAGUAGUUUCUGAGACAUAGAGUUCCGAAUUUCAGUUAUUUCGGGCUAAGAUUUUUCUGCGCUCCAUAAUGUGUUAAUCAUCGCAAAUUUUUCUGAAGCCUAAGAAAAUUAUGUCCUGAUUUUCGAUUGCAAUCCUGAAUUCGUUAUCUAAAAUCUGAUGAUGAUUCAGCUUUUGAAACAGAUUUUGCUUCCUGAAUAUGGAUCCUGAUGAUUGAUCUUAGAUGAUGAAUCAAUUUGAUGAAAUUAUAUGCCUGAUGCAGGUUACAAAUUUUGAUUGUUUAAAUCCAGAUUUGCCAAUCUGGAUUCUCACAGAAGUGUUUCUGAAUACUGUUCCUUGUUUAUUUUAACUUGUUUUGUCCAUUGGAAUUAUUAUAAAGGAUCUGUUAAAAAUUCAGAAAGUUCAACAGAGUAUGUGUUCUCUAUAUAUGUUUUUUAUCGUUUCUCAUUGUUUCUUUUAUUUAUCACAAUUUUCAAUUUGGUAGCUGAUUCGCGAUCGGUGGAAUUGUAUUCCUAAUUGUUGAUGAUUAUUUUGAUGAUUUGGGAGUUUAAUUGAGGUUCUUCGUUUUUGCUCUUCGAGUUGCAUACACGUAGGCGAAAUACUUUGUAAUUCUCCUAUAUGUAUACAAUAGAAUAAAAUAAACUUCAGAGAUCUACCUAUAUCAGAAUAACUCGAUCAGACCGAACUGAACGCCAAGUUGGAAAAAAAUGAGUUAUCUAUUGCAGCUGAUGCGAAACAUGAUAAACUAUCUAUCAAAUGAAAAUCAGAACAUUUUUUUAAAUUUUUUAUUGUUUUAUUAGAAAAUUUCAAUGUUGCAGACAGUGAAAAUGGCAAAAUUGCGUUGCGCCAAAAUGAACUGGUAGAAGGCUUACCAGAAUAAUAUUUCGGAAAGUAGGACAUUUUGCUCAAAAUACUAUGAAAAAGUAGGACGUUUUUCAAUCUGAAGUAGGACGAAAAGUAGAACGCUUUAUUUUGUGAUUUUUUUUACGAAAAAGUUUUUACACAAAUUUUUAAUAAGAUAAUAUCACAACAAUUUAAGAUCAAAAACGUUUUUUAACCAUUUUUAAGUAGUUCUGUUUUUUUUAAAGCCCCAGCCCGUGGUCUAGAUGAUAGCCUGCAAUUCUUUUAAGCCAGCGGACAUGAGAUCGAAUCCCGGUCACGGCAUAUAUAGUACACUUUCUGUGGGUUGGUGGUUUUAGCAUUUGUGAGAUGCUAGCCAUCGUAUUCUCGAAAAAUGUACGCUUAGAGUUAAGAAAAAGGAAUCUCUUCGAGAAAAAUUCAAGUUUCAUUGAGAUCCUGUAUUCUUUUUUUGGAGAAUACUUCUCUAAAGAGUCGAUUUUUUCUAGCUACUCUUCAUUUUUCAACAAUUUCCAAAAAUUUACUAAAAUUUUCACACAGUUCUCAAGCUACUCGAAUUUGUAACUAUGAGGUUCCAGCAAAGACAGCCAAUCGAAGGACUUAAAAUCACUUGCGAAUAUAAUCCAAACAAGACUUGUAGACUUGGCAGAACUCUUCUAUCACUUUUUUCGUUUCCGAUGAGAUAUUAAUUUCUUCCAGAAACCGGCAGAAACCGAUCAUGAAGACGAUUUUCCAAAAAAAGCCAAUAACGAUUUCGGGAAAAAUGGAUCGAAAUAAUAACAAGCGCAAAUUAAAAAAUUCGAUAAACAAGAUAAUGGCCCUAACCCUAAAAAGUAGGACAUUUUGGGUUCAAAGUAGACCGGUAGGACAAGGAUAAAAAGUAGGACAUAUCCUACCAAUGUAGGACGUCUGGUAAGCCUAACUGAGAGCCACCUUAGAGGUAAAGAUUGAAAGCAUGUUUUGGUCAUAAAAACAGAUUUCUUUGCGAAAUAAUGUUAUGUGUGUUGGUGUUUUCGAUUCUAAACAGUUCUUCGGCUCAUCUAGAACUAAUAUCUUAUUAAAUAAAUGAUAAAAAACUGUACUGUGCCUAAAAAAUUCAUGUUCCGGAUUGUAAGCAUUUGUUAAAAUUUCGUUCAGCCAGGCUGAGCCGAAUCUCUUGAAUUUUGUUUUCCAAAUUACUUAAGGGAAUGUUAGGAUUUUUAUUAUUUAACGUUAAAAGAUGCAUUAUUUUCUUGCUUGCUGUCGUGCAGAACGCAACCGGUAAGUAACCCACAAAGAUAUUCCGCAUUUCAAAAGUGCGAAAUUUCUAUGGCUUGCUCAACAAAAAAACCAUUUUUCAUGCAUCAGCCAUACUCGGUGGGUGCUGCUCGUAAUGCGCCUAUAAGUAGGCUCCUACGAUUAGAACAAAAUGCACAAUCAAAUGAUAGUGCAUGGCAAUUUUUUAAACAUUUUGGUUCGACCAGAGUGGACUGGGUGUAAACAUAUUGCUAUUAACAUUCAGUUUUGUACUUACUGCGUAUUCAAAAAUCGACCAGUAUAGCCUCGGCGGCUUUAUAAGAGACUUAAUGUGAUGGUUAAAAGACCGAAUGAGAUAUCUAAUGAAAUGGUCAAUUGGUAAGUCUGUGAACUUUGAACUCGAUUUUCUCGAAAUCAAGUUUAUGACGUUCAGUUCGCUCUGGUCGAAUUUCGACCUGAUAUAGAUAUAGAUUCUAUUAUUCUGGUUGCACAAAAUCUUUCGUAGUUUCAAAUUUUAGAAAAAAAGAUAUCGAAGUAGGAUAGUAAGGAUAUCUUCUUAGAACAAGCCAAAAUUAUGUUGUAUCCAAUUAUUUUCUGUUUACAAUCAAUUUCAUAUUGAUAACCGUUAUCUGCUUGUAGCUGGGUAGUUUUGAUGGAGGUGUGAUUUUUAAAUAACAAUGAACAUACUAAAUGUUUCGUUAAGUUAAAAUGUUUAAUAAAAAAAAUUUGAGAAGAAUUUAAAUAGAUCUCUGUACAUUUAUGCUGCAGUUUCAUCAGCAGAAAGGUAUUUGCACCCUACUGUACCGGGGAAAGCGGCCCGAAAUUGCUCAUAAAACUUAAUUCAGCCCCAGAAAUGCUCGUCGACAUUACGUUUAAUUCGACUGUUGAAUCAUUUUCAGAUCCCGUAACGAUCACUUUGAGCCAGGGCCUGGCCGCAGCAAAAAAGGGUUAAAUGAAAUGUGUUGACUGACGUCCUUCGUCGGUGUCGGUGGAAUCGUUAACAAAAAAUAGAACAUUAUAACGCCCUCGUUUUUCGCCGUUGCCUGGCUGGAAAAUCAAUUACCGUUGAUGUUAAUUCGGGAAAAUCUACAACACGAUAAUGGCAAUCAUAAUUGUUAUCGUUUCUGGAAAUCCGGGGUGGAGCAGCAAAAACCGAUAGAGACAAUGGCAAUGUAGUAAAUGUAAAUCGGUUUUGUUUGUGUGUAGGUUGACUAAUAGGAAAUCCGCCAGUCUUCCUUUUCCACUUUCCACUACUCUUGCUGAACUUUUUGCGUCCCGUACCGCUUCAUGGUUAUUAAUUUCACGCCUGAAAAUAUGCAUCCGGCACUAUACCGAUUGUUUACGACACAGCAACAGAAUGGAGAUUGUAUUUACAAACCCUUAUAUAGUUAUAGUUAUGUAUGUUUUAAUAAAUUCCGCUUAUUCCUAAAUUGGAUGGCACUGCAAAUUUGGAUAUGAAUAUUAAUUGGAGUCAUCAGAAAGGCGGGAAAGAAGAGCAGAAUAGUUUUCCCCUUCCCAACAUAAAGAAGAUGGGCGGGGGAUUUGAGAGGCGUCACAACAAAGUCGGAAUGCAGCCACAGAAAUUAAGUAUCAAAGCGCAUAAACACAAGCAGUUUAGAGACAUACUUCUGGUAGUUGUGAUUUGUGUGGACAACGCAUAAAAACAAAUUUUCAUUAUCCACUGUUGAUGAUUGUUUGCUCCCCAAUGAAUGUGUCCCCCGAGAGCUCUGCUGAGUGUUGUAAUCAAGAGGCUUUUUUCGGUUUCCUGUUUGAUUGUUUUGUGGACGAUUUAUGAUGAUGAUGGCUGCUGCUGCUGUUGAUGCUGAUAUUUGACGCCCUAGUUCCAUGUCCGUGUUGAUAUCAAACAUAUGUAUGUAUGUAUGACAUACAACAUACCUAUAAGCCUAUACUAGAGGUAAACAUUUGCACAACGACACAGGGCGCUGCUUUUAUUGCUCCAUUGAUAUCAAAUUGCUGUACACACUGUUAUUGUAAAUACUGAUUGGUAGGACUGUGUAGGAUAUUGAGUGUAAUUUAUUUAUUUAUCAUUAAACUACUAUCGGUGUCAGAGAACUGAGAAAACAGAAAAAAACCUAAAAUAAAUCAAACUGCAUAUUGAAACAACAAAUUGCUGAUAAUAAACUCUGUUCAAGAUAA